AUGGAAGAAAAGGUGGAAGUGUUUCAGUCAGAUUUAAAAAAAAAACGAGAUAAUUUAGAACAAAUUUCACCUAAUUGUGAUAUAACUAUUAGAGACGAGAUGAAUCUGAACAAUAAUGAGAAAAAAGAGGAUUUAGAAGAUCAAGAAGAGUCUAAAGAUUAUUUAGAGUCAUCUAUUGAUGAUGAAAUUGAUUUUUCGGACUUGGAAGCAAAAUAUCAUAUUCCUUUUAAACAAGAUUUUGGACCGUUAAUUAUUGUAGAUGGAAUUCCUCAAGUUCCAGAGGAAAAGAGGGAAGCGCUUCUUAAAAUUUUAAAGAAACAGUUUUCUACAGUAGGAAAAAUUAAUGAAGAAAGAAUUUUUAUGCCAAUGGAAGAAAGGAAUGGGGUACUUUUUUCUAAAGGAUAUCUUUUUAUGAGUUAUCAAACUCAAAAAGAAGCAGAAGCAGCAAUUAAGGCGUUUAAUGGGAAAAAAUUAGACAAGGCUCAUACGUUUCUGAUUAAUAAAUUUACAGAUGUUGAAACAGCCUUAGCAUUUGAUGAAGAAUAUAAGGAAACUUUAGAAGAAAAAGCCUAUGAGAAUAAAAAUCUUUAUAGCUGGCUUAUUGAUCCAAAAGCUAGAGAUCAAUGGGUUAUGUACAAAGGAGACGAUGUUGGAAUUUAUUGGAACCAGAAAUCAGAAGCACCAGAAUCUAUUAUUCAUAGAAUAAAUUGGACAGAAACUUAUAUUCAUUGGUCACCUCUUGGAACAUAUCUAGCAUCCUUUCACCGUCCUGGAAUCCAGCUAUGGGGUGGAGAGUCGUGGGGAAAAAUUGCACGUUUUCCUCAUCCUUCAGUUAAACUUAUAGAUUUUAGCCCAUGUGAAAGAUAUCUUGUAACAUGGUCAAAUGAGCCUAUUCCCUGUUAUCCUGAAGAUCAUCCUGGGAGACUUACUUUUGGUUCCGAAGAUGAGGGAAAAAGUAUUAUAAUAUGGGAUAUAAAAACAGGAGUACUAUUAAAGUCGUUUAAUACAUCAAUAUCAUCUGGUACUGAUACAGAUGAAGUACCUCGAAAAAUAACAUGGCCAAUGUAUAAAUGGAGUUCAGAUGGCUCAUAUUUUGCGAAGGUAACACCCGGACAACAUAUUUCUGUUUACGAAACACCUAGUAUGACACUUGUUGGAAAAAAACACAUAAAGAUAGACGGAGUAGUUGAUUUUGAAUGGUCUCCUUCAAAAUUAGAAGAUAAGAAAGGAAACAAAGAGUAUUUACUAUGUUAUUGGACUCCUGAAAUUAACAACCAACCUGCACGUACUGGUUUGUUAAGUAUUCCUUCCAAAGAAACAAUCAGAACAAAAAAUCUUUUUAAUGUUUCUGAUUGCAAACUUCACUGGCAAUCGCAAGGAAAUCUUUUAUGUGUAAAAGUAGAUCGACAUACAAAAACAAAAAAGUCUACAUUUACAAAUCUUGAAAUAUUUCGAAUACAUGAAAAAAAUAUUCCUGUUGAAGUCAUUGAAAUUAAAGAUGUAGUCAUUAAUUUCGCAUGGGAACCUAAUGGAGAUCGUUUUGCUUUAAUUACAACUAGUGAUUCUAAUUUUUGCCAAGGACCAUUAAUUAAUGUCAAGAACUCCUUAUCAUUUUAUUGCACAGAAAAAUCAAAAGGAUCUAAUGGAAAUUUUAAAUUGAUUCGAACUUUUACUAAAAAAACAUGCAAUAGUCUUUAUUGGGCACCUAAUGGUCGCUUUAUUGUGGCUGCAACUUUAGGAAAUGCUACUAAUUUUGACAUUGAAUUCUGGGACUUAGAUUUUGAGGGUGAAAAAAAAGAUACAGACAAAGAUUUAAAUGCCAACUUGCAGCUCAUGGGGACAGCAGAACAUUAUGGUGUAACAGAUAUUGAAUGGGAUCCUUCAGGAAGAUAUUUAACGUCAAGUGUCUCAAUUUGGCGUCAUAGAAUGGAAAAUGGUUAUCGCCUUUGGGAUUUUAAGGGUUCAUUACUCCGUGAAGAACAUAAUGAAGGAUUUAAACAACUUUUAUGGCGCCCUCGUCCUCCAUCGCUCUUAUCAAAAGAACAACAAAAAAAGAUUCGUAAAAACUUAAAAGAGUAUUCUCGUGCAUUCGAAAAAGAAGAUGUACAAGAACAAAAUACUGCUAAUAAAGAACUUAUUGCCCAUCGCAGACGAUUGCUAGAAGAAUGGAAUGCCUGGAGAAGCAAAGUAAUUAGUAAUUUAGAAAAAGAAAAGAAAGAACUUGGAAUUGUUACAGAUACAAAAGAAGAAAAAAAAGAAAAGUAUAUAAAGAAAAUUAUUGAAGUGGUUAUAUCUGAAGAAAUUGAAGAAGUUACCGAAUAA